AUGUCCCUCCACAUCGCCAUCCUCGACACCGACGUCCCCGUGCCUACCGUCUACGCAGCCCGCGGCCUGUACAGCUCUCAGUUCCGCGUGCUGCUCCAAUCCGCCGCGGCGCGAUUGAGCCAGUCCUCCUCGCCUGGUGCCAAACAUGUCCAAAUCCACACCUCUGCCUACGACGUCGUUGGCGGCGCAUAUCCGGCACUGGACAUGCUGAAAACAUCACCAUCAUCAACAACAACAACAACAAAGGGGACCAUCGACGCCCUCCUCAUCACCGGCUCGGCCGCAUCCGCAUACUACCAGGGCGCGCAGUACCAAUGGAUAGCGCAACUGCAGUCGUUUCUCCGGCGCGUGUGGACAGACUACCCGGCCGUGAAGAUGUUCGGGUCGUGUUUCGGGCAUCAGAUUAUCGCCCAGGCGUUGCUGGGCGGGACCGUGCAAGUCGAGGCGUGUCCGAUGGGGUAUGAGGUCGGCAUUCACCCGAUCUCGUUGAACCCGGCGUUUGCGACGGGCACGCUGCUGGGGAGGAUGCUGGCGGCCGGGUUGAAGAGCAAAGAUGGGAAACUGCGUGUGCAGCUUGUGCAUGGGGACCGCGUGGUUGGGCUGGUCGAGCAGCCCUGGCUCAACAUCGGGAGUACGCAGCUCUCGCCCGUGCAGGGACUGUACUACCCCGGGCGCGUGCUGACGUACCAGGGCCACUUCGAGUUCGAUGCAUUUGUCAAUGCAGAGACGGUGCUGGAGUUUGCGCGGCGGUGCGCGUGGGCAGAGCCGGUGGUGAGCGAGUAUUUGCGGCGGAUUGCGAGUUGCGCGGAGGACGACGCGGAGUUGGCGGCGGCGGUGGUGGUGCUCUUUCUCACCGAGUCUGCAGAGAUGCAUCCAGCUGUCGAGACUGGGCUGGCCACGCCGCCGGAUGAAUCAUGUCAUGAAAUUAGCUAG